AUGAAGAAUUUAUUCCUCAUUUGCUUAUUAGCUAUGGUCUUAGCAUAGCAAGUUUAAUACACAAACAGAUGUAAUGAUUGUGGAUAACUAAAAUCACAGAAUGAUUGUGAAUAAGAAGUUUCAGUAACAGGAGCUUGUGAAUGGGUAGCUGCUUCAGGAACAACAGCAGCAAAAUGCUAAAAGAAAACAACAGUUGAUCCAGUUGCUUCAUUCAAACCUUAUUGCGAACUUGUUGAUAAGCCUGAAACCAACUGUGCUAAAACUUUGGGAUGUGCUUACGUUGAAUCCAAAUGUACUCAUUUUACUGGAUGCCCAGCAUAUGUUAAAACUACGACAACAGAUUGCUAAGCUAUAUCUUAUUUUUGUGUUAGUGACGGAAAUUCAUGUAUUGAGGCUAAAGAGUGUAAAGCUUACACAUAAUAAUAAUGUGAGUCUACUCCAAGUAUCUCAGGAAUUUUGAAAUGUAAAUGGGAUACAACUGCUGGAGCUUGCAGAGAUUAUGCUUGCUCAGAGGCUGAUGUUACCUUAAAUACUGAUGCUAAAUGUUCAAGCUGGUUAGCUGGUUGUGUGACUAAAGGUUAAGGUUGUGUUAAUGCUCCAAGACCUGCAUGUGCUACAUACACUGGAGAUGAUGCUGCUUGUUAAUCAUUCAUUGGAUCAGAUGGAAAUUGUGAAUUAGCAACCGGAACAACUAACUGUAAAGCAAAGGAAUGUGCAAAUGCACCAACAUCAUUAGCUUCUGAUGAUGACUGUAAGGCCUAUUAAAGAGGAUGUAUCACUACAGGAAAAAGGAUGUGUUUUUGGCAACAACAAAACCAUUAUGUUCAACCUAUUCAGGUGAUAACACUACAUGUGUUGGAUAUAUUGGAUCAGAUGGAGUUUGUGAAGGUGAUGCUGGAGGUUCUAAAUGUAGAGCAAGAAAAUGUGAAAAUGGUGCAUUCAAUACUGAUGAUCUUUGCAAAUAAUAUUAAAGCAGUUGUAAAACAAACGGAAAAGCAUGUGUGUCAGCUUUAUCAGCUUGUAAUACAUAUAAAGGAACUGCCCACCACUUGUGCCGUCUAUAUUGGUACUGAUGGAUAUUGCAAAGGAACAAGUACAACUACUGAAGCUGCUUGUGCACCAAAGGUUUGUGACGAAGCUCCAGAUACAACUACAACAGACGAUGCAUGUGCCAAAUAUUAAGUUGGAUGUGUUACUACAGGAAAAGGAUGUGUUACAAAGACUAACUUGAAAUCUUGUACUACUUAUGAUGGAGAUACCACAAGUUGCUAAUCUAGAGUAGGAACUGAAGGAAAAUGUACAUGGAAGAGUGGAACCAAAUGUGUCGCUAGAGAUUGUGCUUCUGCAGCAAGUAAUGUAAAUACCAACCCACUUUGUGCUAAUUAUUUCACUAAUUGUGUUACAACUGGAUCUGGAUGUGUUUCAUAAACUACAUGUGAUGCAACUGUCAAAUAAUAAAGUUGUGAAGGUACAAAUAAUUGCUCAUGGUAACCAAUAUGUACUAGUAAUACAUAAUGCUCUGAUUUUAAGAAAAAAUCAAUUUGUUUAGCAAAUUAAGCAAGAAUUAAAACAUUCGAUAAAAAUGAUGAAAACGGAAAUCCAUUAUACAUUUAUGUAACAGGAAAAUGUGGUUGGUUGAAUAAUGCUUGCAAAGAUUUGGCUUGUUCAGAUUUAACCGGAGCCUAUUACAACACUGAUGCAAAUUGUGCAGCAGAACUAUCAACAUGUAUUAGUAAUAGAGUUGAUGCUUGCAUAACCAAAUAUGACUGUGGCAAACUUGUUGGAACAUAAUCUACAUGUUUGAGUUAUCCAGGAUACUGUACCAAUGUCGCCUCAGCAACAGAUACAACUCCUUGUGUGUCAAGAAAAUGCGCAGAUAAUACAGAUGCAACAGAUAAUGCUACAUGUGCUACUUUCUUACCUGGAUGUAUUAGUAGUGGAAAAGGUUGUGUUGAUUACAAUACUCCAUGCUCAUCAAUGAAAGGAACUUAGGAAAAUUGCAAUAAACUAUUUGCUUAUAAGAACGGAUCAAGUACUAACUUUACAACAAAUUAAUGCUACAAUAGUGCAAGUGCAACUGAUAGUGAUUUUUGCAAAGUUAAAACAUGCAAAUUGGCAGAAAACUAGACUGAUGGUUCAUGUGGAUCAUUUUUAGAUGGUUGUGUCUAUAAUGGCAAUGGAGGUUGUGUCGAUCCUAAAGCUGGAGACACAACUUGUGGAAGUUACACAGGUGUUGCUGCAUUCUGUGAGUCAGCAAUUGUAGGAAGCAAUAGUUCAAAAUAUUGCUUUGGAACAUCAACAUCAGGUGCUUGCACAACUAGAGCUUGCACAGAUAAUACAACAGCCACAAAAGACGAAGAUUGUGAGGCUUUCUUGACAGGAUGUAUAGCAAAAUCUGAAGGAGGUUGUGCUGCUAAAUCUGCAAGAGUGUGUUCUGCGUAAUAAGGAACUGUUGCUACUUGUCCCAAUUUUAGCGGUGGAUUAUCUCCAUCUUGGACAAAAGUUGGGUGCACAAGAUACGAUACCUGUGCAGAUAGAGUAUGUUCAGACAAAGCAAGUCCUUAAUUAUAUAAUCAACUUGUAGAUUCUUAAAGGCUGGAUCUCCAUGCAUUGAUGCAGGUGUUUGUACUAGUUACUCUACCCCUGAUACUGCCACAUCUGAUUAAUAAAAGUUUGAUUAUUGUACAACUAUCAAAGAUAGCACUGGGUAUGUUUGUGGUUGGGCCUCAGGAACAAAGUGUGCGCACAUUUACUACAUCAUUAACAUGCGUUGCUUAUUUAUAAAAGGGUGUUUCAAGUGCUGCAUCAACUGAUACAUGCAAAUUAGCAGGAACAUUUUGUUAUUUACCAAAUAAAUCAGAUUGCACCUAUGCAUUCCCCACUGGAAUUGAUACAGAUGCUAAAAAAUUAACACAAUGUUAGAAAUAUGUGAAUACAGAUGGAGUAUUUUGUUCAUUCAAAACUGGAGAAGCAACUUGUACUUAAUAGAGUACUUGUGAAAAAGUAGUUUCUUAAACAACUGCUUAAGCCUGUAAUGAUGUUUUAGCUUAUGGUAGUGGAAUAUGCUAAAAAGCGAGUAAUACAGGUUGCUUAUCAACUGUUGCUGCUUGUACAAGUUACACCUUAGAUUCAUCACUAAGUGAUGCUAAUAAAAAGACUGCUUGCGAAUCGUUGAAAGUUGUUAAUAAUAUAAGUAAUUUUGGUGCAGGAACUGCUACAUAUACUGGAUGUACAUGGUCAACUGGUAAUACAUGUGCAGCAUUGGCUUGCUCUGCUAUCACCUCAGCUACAAGUUAGAAAGAUUGCGACAGCAAAACAGCAGGAUGUUAUUAUUAUUCCGGAAAAUGUUAUGCAUCAGUUGCCGCUUGUCCAACAAGUUUCCCAGCUGAUUUAGACACAGAUACAAAAAAGGCUAUUUAUUGUAAGUCAAUUUUCAAAACUGGAGAUGCAUAUUGCGAAAUAAAACCUGAUGGCUCAGGUUGCCAAGCUGGAACAGUUACUGCUUGUGCUUCUGUUGCAAUAGCUACUUCUUGGUCUGGAUCUAAUUUUGAUGGAGCAGCUAAAACAACCGAUACAUUUUGUAUUACACAAUCAAUUAAAAAUAAAACGAAAUAUUGUAUCAAAGAUGAUAAUGCAAAAUGUAAAGAUGGUACUUGUGAAGACAUUACAGGUGCAGCUAGUUAAGGAGAUUGUGAUAUACAUUUAAUUGGAUGUGUAUUCUCAGCUAAUAAAUGCAGAACACCAAAAGGUGUUGUUACUGGUGCAGGAGACUGUGCUAGCUUAGCUAAAGUUCCUUUUAGUGACGUUGCAAGUUUGGCAGGUAGUGCAAAAACAGCUUAUUGCUAAGUUUUUUCAUAAGAUGGAGCAAGUGUAUUCUGCACAUAUGAUGAAUUCCAUGCAACAACUUAAACAGCUUGCGUAGCUGCAGGAAACUGUGAUUCAUAUACUGUGCCAGAUGGCGAUGCAGCUAGAUCAACUUAUUGUAAUAGUAAAAUAAAUGCCACUGGUAAGAAAUGUACUUUUACAGCCGGAGACUCAAAAUGUAGAGAUUUUGAUUGUAAAGAUAUUUCAAGUCCAACAUCUUAAGUUGAUUGUGACAUUUCAUCAAAUAAAUUAAAAUGUAUUUAUUUCAAAGGAACCUGUGUAAAUAAGGAGCUUGCUUGUGCAAAAGUUCCAGCUGUUGGAACUACAGCAGAUGAUAAAAGAUCAUACUGUUCAAACAUAACAGUUUCAGAAGCAUGUACUUAUGCAGUUGGUGCUUACUGUGUGAAGGAAGAUGCAUGCAGUACAUAUGAUGUGACAGAUGCAACAGAUAAAUUAGCUGCAUGCAAAGCAUUAGCUGACGCAUCUGAUAAAUAAUGCACAUUUGUUAACGGUACUAAGUGUGCUGUUGUUGGUGCUUGUUCUUCAUAUACACCAGCAGCUGGUUCUGAAGCAACUUAAUGUAAAUCUGUUAAAUCUAAUGAUGAUUAUCCAUGUAUUGUAGAUUCCUCUGCUGCUUAAAAAUGUUAGGCCUAAGUAUGUACUGAUAAUGAUGCCAGUGCUACAGAUUGUGUUAAUAAUGCAGCUAAUUGUCUCUAUUAUUCAAGUAAAUGCAUCGCUAAAACUACUUGUGGAGCUUACGCAGUAUAAGGUGCUGAUGAUACAGCCAAAUAAGCAUGGUGUGAAGGAGUUUUGAAUUCAUCAGGAGAUUUAUGUGCUUGGGACGCUGGAGCCGGAAAAUGUAAAGACAGAACAUGCGGUGAUAAAACAUUCUAUACUGACUUUGAUUGUUCAAGUUACCUCAAAUCUUGCAAGACAAACGGUUAAGCAUGCGUUGCUGCAACUACUGCAUGUAAUACAAUUAAUGGUUCCACAGAAUUUUGCAAUCUCUUAUUAGAUGGUUCAGGAAAAGAUAAAUGUAAACUAACAGCUACUGUUUCUACUACACCUGCAGCAUGUACAAAUAAAAAAUGCUAUGAUAAUGUUACAGCAACAUCUGAUUCUGAAUGUGAUUCUUAUUUGAGCGGAUGUGUCACACGUGGAACAGGAUGUAUUCCAAAUUCAGAACCAUGCACAUCAUACAGAGGAACUAAAUAGUAAUGUGAAUAAUUCAAAAAAUACAUUGGAUUAGAUGCAAAUAAAAAUCCAAUUUAUGAAUAUUGUUCUGGUGAUGCUACCAAUACAGCUACUGCAAAAUGUAAACCAAGAACUUGUGCUGAUAACACUACAGCCUCAUCAGAUACCGAUUGUGCUGCUUAUCUGAAAGGAUGUAUUACAAAGGGUACAGGAUGUAUAGAUGCAACAUCGUAAUGUGGUGGAUUUAAAGGAGAUUAAGCUACUUGUGCAAAAUUCUUGGGAAGCUCAGGAAAAGAUUAUUGUUGGAAUACUUCAACCGCAUUAGCUACAGCUACUUGUGCAAAGAAGAAAUGCAGUGAUAUUGCUGGUAAAAACAAUAAGGAUUGUAAUGACGGAAUGUUACCAUUCAAGACUACAGAUGAUCCUUUCUGCGUCUUCGAUGGAACUGGUUGCAUUGAUUAUGGAAAGAAUUGCAGUACCUUCAAUGGAACUGAAGAAACAUGUCCAAAUUAUUUGGCUAAAGAUGGACCAUGCAAAGCUACCACAGUAGGAACAAUCAAGGGAGCAUGCGCUAAGAGAGUAUGCACAGAAGCACCAAAUACACUUGCAACUGACGCUGAUUGCUAGAAAUAUCAUAAGGAUUGUGUAACAACAGGUUAUGGAUGUACAGCUACUAAGAACUGCAAGACCAGAAUGCACAUGGGGCCCAAUUAAUGUACAGCUUCUAUUACCACUUGUGCCACUUAUAAUAACACCAGUUACUCAUAAUGUACCAAUUCUAAAGUCAAUGGUAAAUUCUGUGCUUGGACUGAAUCUAACUCAACAUGCAGAGCCUAAGUUUGUGAAGAUUAACCAGCAACAAUCGCUUCUCAUGCCUAAUGUUAAAGCUUUGCUGAUAAUUGUACUACAUCUGGAGCUGGUUGCUUGACCAUUACAACAUGUCCAUCAUACAAGACUUAAUCAAUCUGUAUUGCUGCCUCAACAACCAAGGACGGAGUAGGAAGAUGUGGUUGGGAUACUGCAACAAAUAAAUGCAGAUCUAGAGUUUGCGGCGACAAGAACGGUUUAACAGAUGAUGAAUGUAACACUUUCCUCUCUGGUUGCAAGACCAAUGGAUCAAGUUGUGUUGCUGGAACCUCAUGUACUGAAUUCUCUAAUAAAUUGUUCUGUAUUAAAUCCAACUUUGGACCAUGCCUUUGGGUUAAUGGAUAAUGCUAUGAUUAUGACAGAUGUGAAGAUGCUAUCAAGAAGACACACACUGAAUGCUAAGGUUUCUCACCAUUAUGCACAACCAAUGGAGACACAUGUAUUCCAAUUACCAACUGUGCCAGCACAACAUUGAAGGCCUCAUGCGUCGUCGGAACUGAUGGAGCUUGCGGAUGGUUACCAACUGGAAAAUGCUAGAAGUUCGGAUAAUGUACUGAUGCCGUUGCUGCCACCAAUGAUGAAUGUCUCUCAUAUGGACCAACCUGUAUUACUGAUGGAACUGCUUGUAUUGCUAAAGCAGCUUGUGGUACCUACAAGACAUAAACAGCUUGCAAUAAUCUUGGAACUGAUGGUAUCUGCUAUUGGAACGCCACUGCUAAUACUUGCAAAUUGAAGGAAUGUGGAGAUGAAUAAAAGGGUACAAACGACUAAUGCAAACUUAUCUCAGUAACUGGAGGAUCAUGCACAACUGAUGGAACAAAAUGUAUUCCAUUGGCUGCUUGCUCAAGUUAUGAACUGACGGAGAAUGUACUUUCGCAUUACCAGUUGGAGCUACUACAGGAACAAAGACAUGCAGAUAAAAGCAAUGUGAAGAUAUCACUGGAGGAACAUCAAAUGCUAAUUGUAUGGGUGUUAUUGCAGGAAAGAAUUGUGUUUCCAAUGGAACUAGUUGCAUUGCCAAGGCUGCUUGCUCAACUUAUAAGACCAUCACAUCAUGUAACGGAGGUGGUUUAGAAAACAAUAAAUCAACUGUUUGUGCUUUCACUCCUACUGGAACUGACAAAGUUAAUGGAACAUGCAAGACCUUCACCGCAUGUGCCGAUGCUACCAAAGACAAAUUGGCUUGCACAACCAACAAAACAUGCAGAUGGACUGAAAAACUCAACAGGAACAACUUGUGCUAAUCACGCUUGUGAUACCUUUGCGACAGGAACUGAUUGUCAACCAAUUCCAAGCUUCGAUGGAGCCUCAUCCACUGUUUGUGUUCUCUAAAGCGGAAAAUGCGCUGCUGCUGAUCCAGGAACCAUGACUGACUCCAAGAUUUGCUACACUAAAUCAGCUUACACUUAUAGUUGGAAUGCCGCUACUAAUAAAUGUGAAAGUUGUAUUUCAGGAUCUGUCAAUCCAAACAAUUCAAAUGGAACUAACAACAACACAGAUAAUGGAACAACUACCACCGACAGUGCUUACAUCUUGUCAGUUAUUUCACUCGGUCUUUUGGGAUUAAUGGCAUGAUUUUGAUUUUCAUAUUAUAUAUAGGGAAAAAUU